AUGGUUGGGUCCAAUGAAACCUCACCUGUAUUAGGAUUCAUUCUCCUGGGCCUCUCUGCCCACCCAAAACUGGAGAAGACGUUCUUUGUGCUCAUCCUGUCCAUGUACCUGGUGAUACUGCUGGGCAAUGGAGUCCUCAUCCUGGUGACCAUCCUUGACUCCCACUUGCACACUCCCAUGUACUUCUUCCUGGGGAACCUCUCCUUCCUGGACAUCUGUUACACUACCUCUUCAGUUCCCCUUAUUCUUGACAGCUUCCUCACUCCCAGGAAAACCAUUUCUUUUUCUGGUUGUGCUGUGCAGAUGUUUCUGUCCUUUGCCAUGGGAGCCACAGAGUGUGUGCUCCUGAGCAUGAUGGCCUUUGAUCGCUAUGUGGCCAUCUGCAAUCCCCUUCGCUACCCUGUGGUUAUGAGCAAGGCUGCUUAUGUGCCCAUGACUAUUAGUUCUUGGGCAGCUGGAAGUAUCACUGCCACUGUACAGACAUCCUUAGCAAUGAAACUUCCCUUCUGUGGAGACAAUGUCAUCAACCACUUUACCUGUGAAAUCUUGGCUGUCCUGAAAUUGGCCUGUGCUGACAUCUCCAUUAAUGUGAUUAGCAUGGCAGUGGCCAAUGUGAUCUUUUUAGGUGUCCCAGUCCUUUUCAUCUUUGUCUCCUAUGUCUUCAUCCUUGCCACCAUCCUGAGGAUCCCCUCAGCUGAGGGCAGGAAAAAGGCCUUCUCCACCUGCUCUGCCCACCUCACAGUGGUAGUCGUCUUCUAUGGGACCAUCCUCUUCAUGUAUGGGAAGCCCAAGUCCAAGGACCCACUGAGGGCAGACAAGCAGGACCUUGCAGACAAGCUCAUCUCCCUCUUCUAUGGGGUGGUGACCCCCAUGCUGAACCCCAUCAUCUACAGCCUGAGAAACAAGGAUGUGAAGGCUGCUCUGUGGAGCCUGGUAAGUCAAAAUAGGGGGAUUCCCAAUGAUUCUGCGCUCUAUGACUUCUAUCUGAGGGUCCCAGAGAAUUAA